GAUCCAAUAUGGUCCCAUAUUGACUUCCCGCAUCAAAUACACAGACUCACAGUUUAUACUGACUUACAAAACAAAAACAUCCAGUCCUCAAGAUUCAAAAUAUUUUUAUACGAAAUUAUAAUCAAAAUUUCAAAUCACAAUUGGAGAAAUCGUUGGUUCCAUUGACAAACAUAAAUCAUGUUUGUGUGAUAAACCUAUGUGCAAUUAAGAAAUCAACAGAAUGGAAAGUCAAAAUACUGGUCCUAAAAUCUUAUUUACUACCAAAGAAAAUGAUGGUUAUGUUAUAAAAGCAGAAUCUACGUUCUUAGGAGGACCAAAUGGAUGCAUCAAGAUCACAACUACAGAGACACAAUCGUUGAUAUCGCAAACAGAGUCUGGGGGAGAAAUGGUGUUCAUGGCGAUGGCUGACAAUGUACCUCCUACGGAAGUUAACAUAGAAAAUAAUCGGCCGAUGGCUCCUAGAAGACACAUCGUCAUAGAAAAUCAACCACAUCCUCAUGCAAAAAUUCAGAACUAUGGGCAUGGCUGCUGCUCAUCAAAUGAGAAUGGAAAUUCCAGAGAUACAACAGAGAAAUAUUCACAGACGAAAAUGGCUGUGGAUAUAAAUACUCAAACUGAAUCAACUAACAGUACAGCUAUGACAGAAGGGGGUGAUCGUGAAUCGAGUGAUCAGAACGGAAUGACUGUCUCAGAGAAAUCAUCCCAGACAAAUAUGAUGGAAGAUAUAGAAACUCAAACAGAGACUGUAGAUAUGGAGGUGCAAGGUGAUACUUCUGACAAAAAAGAUUAUCCUGAUACUAAAACUUCAGAGAGUCGGAAUGUAUCGGAGAAAUCUUCACAAACGAACAUGGAGACUCAAACGGAACCACAUAAAGAAACUACAAAGAUGGAAGAAGGGAAAGAUGGAAAGGAAAAUCAAGGGUCUGAACAGAAAACCUCGGAAAUUAAGAAUGGAAAAGCGCUGUCCGAGAAAUCGUCACAAACCAACAUGGAGACUCAAACGGAACCACAUAAAGAAACUUCAAAGAUGGAAGAAGGAAAAGAUGGAGGGAAAAAUAAUGGGUCUGAACAGAAAACAUCGGAAAAUCCGAAUGGAAAAGCGCUGUCCGAAAAAUCCUCUCAGACCAACAUGGAUGACGACACAGAAACUAAGACAGAAUCAACUUCUGAAAAUACUACAAAAACGAAAGAAGGAGGGGAAGAUAAAAACAAAAAUGAAAAGUCAGAAAACAGCCAGAAUGAGAGAGAAAUGUCAGAGAAAUCUUUCCAAACGACAGAGGGUUCAUCACAGACAGAACCGAAAUCAGUGCAAAGUGAUCAAUCGACAUCUACAGAUUCUAGUAAGAAAGAUGAUAAGGGAACAUCAAUUGAUUCGCAUUCAGAUCGUAGUAGAAGCAGCUCUAAGCAACGGAAAAAAUCUAAAACUGGUAAAAAGAAGUGUGAGUGCGUAGACAGUUCAGAACCAUCUCAUCAAUGUCCCCCUGCAGACAGUAGUGAUGAUAGUGAUGAAAAUAUCCGUUCCAAUCGUUUGAGAGAUUAUGAAACGUCCAGAGACCAAAGUCACUAGUAUUUUGUGAUUUUUGAAUUCAUUGUCCAAUGGAUGUUUUUGGAUUGGAAAUGCAAGCUAUUAUCAAAAAAUAUAUAUAUUCAACUUGAGAAAAGUUCUAAGGAACAAAAUAAGGCUUAGAAAUAUAAAUUAUGGUGGAAAAAUGGUCUAACUCAGGAUAAAUUCUAAGGGAUAUUAUGAAAAAUUAGUCGACACAGAUUCAAUACAAAUAUGAUUAAUAUAUGAGCAACAUAUUUUUAAUUUAUCACAUCAUGGAAAAAACAAUCCAUUUCUCAAUUCAUAUAAAAAUAAAUUAUUAGGAAGAGUCCAAAAUCGUAAAUUUUUGAACAGAAGACUAUUCAGCGGAAGAUUUGGUGAGAAGAAGGAAUUCUCUCUACUCUUCUAUCCAACAUCUCUGUCUCUCUUUCUAGUAAACAAUGAAACGGCCCUAGUAUGCAGAUAAUGACGACAGAAAAUCUGGAAAAUUCCCCUGUUGAACAUUCCAAUUCCGUUGGACGGAGAUGAACGCACUACCUUCUUUGAAAAUCAAUUAUCAAUAUUUGAUGAGUGGUCUCCAGAUAGCAAACUGUACGUUAUUGUUUGAUGGACAUAAUUUGAUGAAGUUCCAUCCUUUGCUCAAAAUAUGUGUUAAUAGGAUGUUCGUCAGCAAAUGAGUGAAUGAACUUAAUUUAUUUAUAUUAUGUUGAAUAUUUGAACUCUUCCAAUCCCAAACAACAGCCUAAUAUAUUUCUUGAAGUAGCGGUACAAUAUGUACGAGUAAAACCAAGCUAUAUUCAUAAUUCUAAAUUUGACCGUUUACAAUAAAUCUGGGAGGUACUCGAAUGAUCACCAAAUUAUAAUAUAAUUUAUAUAAAUUAUAAUAUAUUAUAUUAAUCUUCUAUUCGUUGUAUCAGUGACAUCCUACAAUAUUGUCUGCAUAUUCCACGAAAUCAGAUUAUUGUUUGAAAAUAUAUUGGGAUGUACUUGAACCAAUAUUGUUUGCUGGACCUGAGCCUGUUAUGCCUACAUGAAUCAAGAAGCAUUUUCCACUCAAUUUGAAUGUUUAAAUAUUAUCUUUUGAUGAAUUCAAUAAUUAUUCACUGUAAUCCCAUAGAAAUCUGGGAGCAAUUUGUAUCUAUGAAGCUACUCUUUGCUAUGAAAAACUACAUUCAUCUUAGUUGUACACGAAAUGGAUUGAAAAUUAUA